AUGCCGUCCUUCCCCCAGAACAACAGAACGUACCAGAUCCUUGAGGCGGCUAUGGCAGGUAGUUACGCCGUCGGCGCCUAUAACUGCUACAAUGACGAUGGUGUCAUCGCAGUCAUUCGAGCGGCUGAGGCAUGCAAAUCGCCUGCCAUUAUUCAACUCUUCCCAUGGACGUUGCGAUUCCAAGGCCCCGAAUUCGUCAAGUACGUAAUUAGCGCUGCGCAUGCCGCAAAAGUUCCGAUUGCAGUUCAUCUCGACCACUGCAUCGAGCCGGAAGACGUCAAGGCGGCGCUUGAGCUCCCCUUCGACUCCAUCAUGGUCGAUGCCUCAAUCCACGACGAAGCCGAUAAUGCCCGAAAGUGCAAGGAAAUCGUUCAAAUUGCCAAUGCCAAAGGUAUCGCGAUCGAAGCCGAGAUGGGUCGGCUUGAAGGUGGCGAGGACGGAUUACCCACAGUCGAUCUCGAGACGAUCUUCACACGACCCGAGCGUGCGAGAGACUUUGUAAGAGAGACGGGAGUGCAGUUCCUCGCCCCAUCCUUCGGGAACAUACACGGAAACUAUGGUAACGGAGGACCGGAUCAAUAUUGGAGAUUGCCUUUGCUUAAUGAUAUUCACAACGCCAUCCCCGACGUUCCUCUCGUUUUGCAUGGAACGCAUGGUGUUUCUGACGAGCAAUUUAGAACCGCUAGACAGUAUGGCAUGGUCAAAAUCAACCUUAAUAGGACUGUCCGUGAGGAAUACACAGACUUCAUUUCGGAGAAUGCGGGCAAGUUAGAGCUCACAGUCCUAAAGAUGAAGGGCGCGGAAGUUUAUGCUAAGUCUAUUGAGCGAGUUAUGAGGGAUGUGCUGUACUCUGCUGGCCAGGCGUAA